AUGAUAAACUACGAACAAGCAAGUGUCAUCUUUCCACCGUCCCAUGACAAUGACACAGGGUUCCUGAUUGACCACAAAAAAGGGGGGCGGCUUACGAUCAGAGGUGGUAGCCGAUUGAAUGGUGGAGAGGAUGGAAUGGAGAUCUUGGAGACGAAGUUUGCCCUAAAGUCAAAGCAAAAUCGAGAAUCGCAGAAUGCCAAAAGCGAGAACAAGCGGUCAAUUGAUAGGCAAAGGAUGCCAGUAAUGACUCACAGGUUGGUUAUCUACGGUGGACGAGGAGGAGCCGGCAGCAGCCGGAGCAGAAUUGGAGGCGGGGAUAGCAGGAACGGAGCUCGAGGAGGCGGUGUGCAUAGCCGGCGCUUCCACUCGACUGGAGAAAGGAAGGCGACCCGUCGGUACCGGCAAAGCUUGUGCCGAACUAACAAUAGAUAG